AUGCCCCUGGUCACACUUUUACCCGUGUACCACCUGCUACUCCCCUCCUUCACGCCACGUGACCUCUGGCUGAAGGACAGCGCCGGGCGGGCUGGCGGGGCGGGCCGAGGACGACCCAGCCCCACCGCCCUGAGCAGGGAAGACCUGUGGGUCCGCGAGGGCCGCAUCCUGGACCCGGAGAAGCUCUUCUUCGACGAGCGGCGCCUGGCCGACGAGCGGCGGGACUGCGGGGGCUGCAUCCUGGCGCCGGGCUUCAUCGACGUGCAGAUUAAUGGUGGAUUUGGCGUUGACUUCUCUUUGGCCACCGAAGACGUGGGUUCAGGGGUGGCCGUGGUGGCUCAGAAGAUCCUGGCACACGGAGUCACGUCCUUUUGCCCGACCCUCGUUACCUCCCCGCCGGAGGUUUACCACAAGGUCCUUCCUCAGAUCCCUGUGAAGAAAGGUGGCCCCCACGGGGCAGGGGUCCUCGGAGUGCACCUGGAGGGCCCGUUCAUCAGCCAGCAGAAGCGGGGCGCACACCCCGAAGCCCACCUCCGCUCUUAUGAGACCAACGCCUUCCAAGAUGUCCUUGCCACAUACGGGCCUCUGGACAGCGUGCGCAUCCUGACACUGGCCCCUGAACUGGGUCGCAGCCAGGAAGUCAUCCGGGAGCUGACUUCCCGGGGCAUCUGUGUGUCCCUUGGGCACUCGAUGGCCAACCUACAGACGGCUGAGGACGCAGUGCGGAGCGGGGCCUCCUUCAUCACCCACCUCUUUAACGCCAUGCUGCCUUUCCAUCACCGAGACCCAGGCAUCGUGGGGCUCCUGACCAGUGACCGGGUGCCCCCAGACCGCCCCAUUUUCUACGGGAUGAUUGCUGAUGGCAUCCACACCAACCCCGCUGCCCUGCGCAUCGCCCACAGCGCCCAUCCCCGUGGGAUGGUGCUGGUCACUGACGCCAUCCCUGCACUGGGUUUGGGCAAUGGCCGGCACACGUUGGGGCAGCAGGUAGUAGAGGUGGACGGACUGUCAGCCUACGUGGCAGGCACCUCGACACUGUGCGGCAGCAUUGCGCCCAUGGACGUGUGCGUGCGCCACUUCCUGCAGGCCACGGGCUGCAGCCUGGAGGCGGCCCUGGAGGCUGCGUCCCUGCACCCCGCCCAGCUGCUGGGGCUAGAGCAGCACAAGGGGACCCUGGACUUUGGUGCUGAUGCAGACUUCGUGGUGCUUGAUGACGCCCUCCAUGUCCAGGCCACCUACAUCUCGGGGGAGCUGGUGUGGCAGGCCACGAUGGCUGGGCAGUGACUGAAGAUGCUGGCCUUGCCGGGCCUGAUAAAGCUGCAUUGCAGGCA